UUGCGAUCCAUACUAACCGCUAUGGUUCAAGUCCGGACGCUUGAAGAUCAUACCACUCAGUUCGCCGAAGUCUUCGAUCAAAUGAAGAAACUUGGGGACUAUCUGACUGAUAUGACCGGCAAGUACCGCGACUUGAUGGUGGAAGUUGCCGCACUUCGGCAAGCCCAAGUGACCAACCCUCUUGCUCUACCCCCUGAUUCCAGAGCUGCAAUCACAACCAAUCUAGCCCCUCUUACCUUAUCCUCAUUUACUUCCUCUUCUUCGAAUGAGUUGGCUAACUCUUCAGGACCUGCAAGAGGUGCAGAUUCCACUGCUGCUGGAAACAGCAGUGAGGCAGAAAAUUCUGCAACUGCUGCAGCCCAAGGAUCAGAACCUGCUGCAGCUGGUCCCAGUCGCGCCGGUUCCUACGUGGACCGAAAGGCGGUCCAAAUACCGUCUAAGUAUGACGACAAAGAAGACGUCGAAUCCUGGAUCAGCUCUAUGAGGGCUUACUUUGAGGUCUUGGGGACACAACCCGAGACCCUGUCCGUGAUCUUAGGAAUAAACGUUAAGCCGGUGGUGCGGGGCUUCAUAGAAGACCAAGCUACGCGAGCUGGGGUCCCAAAGCUAGAACUAACAAGGUGGCUUAAGUCCACCCCGGUGGCCACCAUCAAAGGGCUUCUUAUUAACCAGUAUAAGGAUCCACAUGCCGCAGCAAAGUCCCAAUGCGAAUGGACCAAGAAGAAGGAGUUUCUCUUCAUGGUCAAAGAUGCUCAGGGGAACGAGCUUCCUGUCCUCUUGGAUGAGAAGCAUGAAUCCCCAGUGACUUUUCUAAAUGCUAUGAAGUUCUGCAAGAAAUGGCGCAAGCACAAAGAGGAAGAACAAUUGUAUGUUGCCUUUGUUCGAGGGUGCAAGGUCUUCUCCAAGAUCGACCUCAAGUCUGGCUACCACCAGAUUGAAGUCGAUCAUGCGGACCAUCACAAAACUGCGUUCAAAACGCGCGAUGGGCUUUACGAGUUUACCGUAAUGCCCUUCGGUCUCACGAACGCACCAGCCACCUUCCAAUGCCUCAUGGACAAAGUCCUCCGCGAACAGAUUGGUCGGUUCGUGGUGGUCUAUCUAGAUGACAUUCUGAUCUUCAACAAGUCCAUGGAGGAAYAUCUCAAGCACCUUGAGGAAGUUCUGACCAUCCUCAAGAAGACGCAACUCCAUCUUAACUUGGAGAAAUCUGAGUUUGGGAAAGAUAGCGUCAUCUACCUUGGGCACCGGUUGUCUGUUGCAGGCCUAGAGCCUGAGGCCACCAAGGUUGAGGUCAUACGCGAUUGGCCUCAAUCUACGAAUGUUCGUGAAUUGCGCUCUUUUCUCAGUGUUGCGUCACACUACCGGAAGUUUGUGCCCCGUUUCUCUAUUGUUGCUCAUCCAUUGUCCCGAGUAACGAGCAAGAAUAUUCCCUACUCUUGGGACGACACAUGCACGAACGCCUUUGCAGCCUUAAAGGAAGCCUUGGUAAGUUACCCCGUACUCCGCAACGCUGAUCCCAAACUGAUUUUCGUUGUUACCACCGAUGCAAGUCAGUAUGGGAUCGGCGCAGUGCUGCUGCAAGAUGAUGGCGACGGCUUGCGACCACUCGAAUACUACAGCAAACGCAUGCCCAACGUAAAGGUAGUCACUUCCACCUACAUGCGCGAGCUCUAUGCCUUGCGCAUGGAGUUGAAUCACAGGAAACACUAUCUGUUGGGACGCCACUUCAAAGUGUUCUCGGGUCAUGAGACUCUGAUGUGGAUCAAGAUGCAAACUACGCUGUCCCCUACCUUGCUUCACUGGUUCCAUGGGAUCGACAUCUUUGAUUUUGAGUUGAGGCACCCGGAGUACAUGACUUGCCUGGUGAAAUCCUACGACCUCCGGAAGAAACUAAAGGAGAAACUCGUAGCGCAAACAGCCAAGGAUUUGGAGCUUGGCCCCAUCCUUGAGCAGCUGCGGGCUGAUCCUAGUAGUCAGUCUGAUUUUCACGAGCAUGAAGGACUUGUUUUCCAUCGCUACGGGAACCACGACCGUUUGUGUGUGCCCAACCAUGAGCCUCUCCGCACGCACUUUUUGGAUUUGGCUCAUGGCUGGAGCAGACACUUCGGCAUGGCAAAAACGUACGCAAACUUGCUGAGACAGUUUGAUUGGCCUGCCAUGAAAGGAACUGCUGAAAAAUUUGUGGUUGAAUGUCAAGUCUCUCAACGAAUCAAACCAUGCAGACAAAAUCCCAUGGGGCUACUCACACCUCUUCCCAUUCUCAAUGGUCCCGGAGAGUCUAUCUCCGUCGAUUUCAUCGACAUGGGAAAGGUAAGUAAGAACGGCUACUCGCAGGUCAUGGUGAUUGUUGACCGAUUCUCGAAGUUCCUCAAUCUGAUUCCCUUGCCGUUUCACGCUCCCAUAGACCUAGUGAUCCGUGAGUUCCAACAGAAGUACAUUCUGCAGUUCGGUGCCCCGAAGACUCUCGUGAGCGAUCGGGAUCCGCGGUUCAUUAGUACCGAAUGGAAGGACUUCACGUCUCAACUAGGAAUCAGACUUUGCAUGACAUCUGGUCGACACCCCGAAGCCAACGGCUUGGCCGAGGAGAUCAACCAAACUUUGUUUCAACUCCUGCUCACCUUGAUUAUCCCGGAUCAAGAGACUUGGGAUGAAGAGCUUUAUUCCUUUAAGGGGUUGUACAACAACUCCGUCCAUUCCACCACCGGCAUAACACCCAACAGGCUGCAUUACGGUUGGCAGAUCCGGAAUCCGCUCUCAUACUUGUUUCCUGAACAGCCAGCUAGCUUAACGCCUGGCAGGUCUGGUUUCAAAGGCAAGUACGAUCGCUUGCUCAAGGUUGCYGUUGCAGCCACGGCUAAGCGACCGCACGCCAUGAUCCAUCACCUAUGAAUCCCCCGCAAACGCGCGAACGCGUCCGCGGGGCCGAGCUCUGAUCGCGGACCCAAAUGGGUCCGCAUCGGCGGCUGAUCAG